AUGGCAAACCCAGCAGUUUGGCCGUCGCAAAGAACAGCACAAUUGCUGUCAACCGGCGCCUGCAGCGCGCGAGGCUCGAAGUCGUCGUCGUCGUCGUCGAACUCGGGCUCCGAGUUGGGCAAUGCAUCUUUUUUCGUUUUUGUCAGCUCGUCGGGCCAGUCGUCGCUCAUGAAGUCGUUGAACGAGUUUUCCUGCUCAUCUGGAGGCUCUGCAUGGCGGAGCGUAGGCAUGGAGUGUGUUUGUGGUUUUGAAGCUGCCGCCACAGGCUUCUUGGAGAUCUCGUUCAACGACAGGGCCUUUGGCUUGGGCUCGCUCUUGAUCAAAGGCUUUUCGUUCCGCAUCAGCUCGUCCUCGUCAAAGGCCAAUGGAAUCGGCUUCACUUUGCAGAUCUUUUUCAAGUAG